AUGGAAAUCAUUGAAACUUAUAACAAUUCAAAAUAACUAAUUGGAGGAAUAUAUAAUAAAGAUGAACUUGUAAUUGCUUAAUGGGGUGGCAAUGUUAUAUUUAGGAAAAAAAAUGAAAUGGAUGUUAAAAUUAAUACAUUCUGUGUUGGUAAUAAAUAAAUUUAUAUUUUAAAGGACUUUUAAAGAUUACAGGUGAUAAAUACUUAUGCUUUACAAGCAAAAAUCAUUUAUUAUAAAUUAAUGAAGAUAGGAAGAUUGAAUAAAUAGAUUAGCAAGAUAGUCCUUAUUUUGUAAGUGAUUUUUAUUUGAAAACAUGUCUAUUUAUGCACAAUACAAUCUAAUAAUAAAGAUUUUUAUGUCUUUGGAAUAUGCUAACACAAUAGAAAUCUAAAUAUGAACAUAUCAGCAGCAUUACAAGUGUAAUGGCUGCUGAUGAUGGCAUUUGGUUGGGAGAUAAGGAUGGAUAUUUAAAUUUUAUUACAUAUAAACUAAAGCUUCAAAAACGUGUUAAAAGUAUGUAAAUCUAUUAUAUCACAGUAUUUUAGAAUGAAAUCUCCAAAAUUUAAAUUAUGAACUAGAAAAUAUAUUGUACUUCAUAAUAGUAACUUAAACUAUUUUUUUCAAAUUAAGUUAUCUUAAUUUCUACUUUCGAUAGUGAAAUUAGCUGUAUUGGUGCAUUUAAAAAUAAAUUAAUAUUAGGAACAACAAAUGGAUAGUUAAUGAUUUAAGAAAAUUAGAAGAAUUUUUAAAAACAUCAGAUACAUACUAAUUCCAUUACGAGUUUCUCUGUUAAUGAUACUCAAAUUGUAACUACAAGCAGUGAUCGUACUGCUAAAAUCAUUCAAUUAAGAACUGAAUGA